AUGUGUGUGUAUAUAUCCUUCUUCCGACUUAAUUUCCCGUCUGCUCGUUGUUUCUGGCGGUGAAUUUUUUUUUUUUUCUAAUAGUAUGUUAUCAACUUGUUGAAGUGUGUAAAUCCAUUGACACCGAUUUUUGGUCGAGCCAAAGAAGGAACCGAACCAGAUCUGAGAGUAAUUAUGCCUCGUAAGAAACCGUUCAGCGUUAAACAGAAGAAGAAACAACUUCAAGAUAAAAGAGAACGACAGAGAAGCCAGACAGAGCGCAAGGGGAAAUAUUAUAAUUCAACAUCUUCCGACUCGGAGCCACAAGCUCCACCUCGUGUGGCCAAGCUCAAUGAGCAGCCAAUCAAAUCAUCUGAUAUUAGAUCUAACAGGUACCGGUUGCAGUUUUUUCAAGAGUCUAAAGAAGAGAUUGAGAAAAACAAAAAACUAGCCAGGCAGCCAUACACUCCAGUGUCAGAGAAAGAUUUGGAAGUGGACCUUGAGACAAUUUAUUUACCCGGAUCUGUGCUGGACAUCCCCAAACGGCCACCGUGGGACUACAACCUAUCAAAAGAACAACUGGAUGCAAAAGAAGAAGAAUAUUUUAAGAAAUACCUUGAUAACAUUCAUUCCCAGUACAGUCCUAAAGAACUCAGUUAUUUUGAACUGAAUCUGGAGACAUGGCGACAACUGUGGAGAGUAUUGGAAAUGUCGGAUAUAAUACUCCUCAUCAUAGACAUAAGACAUCCUGCUGUUCACCUUUCGCCAGCAUUAUACGACCAUGUUAUCGACGACUUAGGAAAAUCUUUAAUCCUGAUCCUCAACAAGUUUGACCUUGUACCGCCAGCGCUUGUUAUCGCUUGGAAACACUAUUUUCAAGAGAAAUUUCCCAAAUUGCAUAUUGUGUGCUUUUCCUCAUUCCCAAACGGCAAAAAUAAUUCAAAGUUCCAAACAGCGGAUCCUGGUAAAGUUCUUCACAAACGGAAGAAAAGGGGGAAAUUCAGUGCUAUUGGUCCCUUAGCACUGUGGCACGCUUGUCAGAAUAUAGUAAAAGAUGAAGUUGACCUCUCGUCUUGGAAGAAGAAGAUUGAAGCUAACACUGGCUCAGAUGAAUCAGAUCUUGUCUCCACCGUCCACAAUGAUGUACUUGACACCACUUUCCAGAAACACGUUCGCUACAAAGAUGGUAUCGUUACUCUAGGAUGUAUUGGUUACCCCAAUGUAGGCAAAUCUUCUUUGAUGAAUGGACUGGUUGGCAAAAAGGUGGUCAGUGUCUCCCGAACACCAGGACACACCAAGCAUUUCCAGACCAUAUUCCUGACUUCUACUGUAAGACUCUGUGACUGUCCAGGUUUAGUGUUUCCAUCAAGGGUACCGAAACAACUGCAGAUCCUUUGUGGCAUUUACCCAAUAGCGCAGGUACGGGAACCUUACAGCCCCUUAAUGUACCUUGCUCAACGAGUUAACUUAGUGAAACUUCUGAAGCUGCAACACCCUAAUUCUGAAAGCAGUUGCCCUGAAUCUCAAAGUUGGUCAGCAUUUAACAUAUGUGAUGCUUUGGCUCUGAAACGAGGCUUCAUUACGGCUCGUACUGGCCGUCCCGACAUGUACCGUGCUGCCAACUAUUUACUACGAACCGCAGUUGAUGGUCAGCUUUGCCUGUGCUUUCGACCUCCUGACUACACUGAAAAUAAAGAUUUCUGGAAGAACCAUGCAGAAACCGAAGCGCUAAAAACUAUGCAAAGCCAACACCAUCAGCGGAGAAGAUCUUCAUCUUCAGAUUCUUCUGUUGUGUCAAAUAUUAGCAGUGAUGAUGAUCUUAGCUCUGAUGAAGGCGCCAAACAGUUGGAAAAACAACAGAGUCAUGUAUUGAAGAGCAGAUGCUUUGCCACUAAAAAGGAACUGGAGGGAGACAAAGAGAUCAGCCUUAUUUCUAAGAACCCUUUCUUAAAUCUAGAAUCAGACUAGAUUUUAAUAAUUUUGUUUCUUGUUAUGCUGAAGACGGCAUUUGAUUAAACUUAAAAA